UCAUGACUUCCAUGCCAGAAUGGGAGUAAAUCAGCCCAAACUUCGAUAUCUUCGUUCCCGACAACCAAGCAUUAAAGCUCCACUCCUCCUCCCGGCUGUUCGUCCUGAUCCUGGAUCAGCUUCCACUCCCCGCUCCUCUCCAGCUGUGGGCACCGCAGGACAGCAAACACCGACCCGGGAUCAGGAUUCACCGACAAAACUGUAGAACUUAAACUCAGCCCCCUUUUCUAAAACCAAGCCAACCUGUUGCGCGUCCGUGAAGGCAGGGUGUUGGCGCAUUGGGGAAAAGUUACAUAACCGUCUGCUUUUGAGAAUUCUCCUCGUCUUUGUUGCUGCUAAAUACAACUCGUCAGAGGUAAACAGCCUCACGUUUGAAGAUGUCCAAGAUCUGUGUUGUGGUGUUGAUGACACUUGUGUCUGUGGUGUUUGCAGAAGAACAGAGCUUGGAAGAUGACCCAUUUACCUUUGACUACUACAAACUGCGUGUUGGUGGCCUGAUUCUAGCUGCUGUCCUCUGUCUCAUUGGCAUCACCAUCCUGCUCAGUGGCCACUGCCGCUGCAAGUUCAACCAGAACAAAAGGAGUACAGGAAGAGGUGCUCAGCAGAUGCUCACUGACCAAGGUCGUGCCUGCGAGUGCUAGACGUCAACCCAGACACAUUCAGACUUCGUGACCCUUCAACCAGCAGAUAAGAUGGAGGCGCUGCAGCGGGAUUUGAGAUACCUUACGAGAGGCUUUUGUUUUUUAUUUAGGGAGAUCAACAGGAAGUAGUCUGUGUAGCUGCUGUGAGUUGCGAUGCUUUCUGCCUUAUGACUGAACUACUGACCUGCCUGCAGCCUACACCUCCACACAAAUACACAUACGGUUGUUCACAAAAUUUUUGUCACUUUUAUUUGAAGAUGACAUCAUACAGCGGUAAUACAAACCUAUAACCAAAAAUACCUUGUGUCUAUAUAUUGUUGGUGUCAGUGUCUACUUUUCUUGUCUGUACUGUAUGGCUUUCAUGUCAGACAUAUGAAAUCCACAUAGUCGUGAGUGAUAGAGUGCUGUUCAUAAUUCAUGAUAAUCUGUUAACUCUCAUGUUUUGCUUUAUGGAGAAGUGUAGUGGAUUGUGCUGUUCAGAGAUACAGAGCAAGUUUGUCAUGUUUCUAUAAAAGAACUGUUAAACCAA